CACGUGGUCAAAGGGCUGAGACGUGUGGCCAGACAAGAGAGGCCCCUGCCUUUGCCCAGUGAGCUCUGCUGUUCUUAUGCGAGCCAUGAAGCUGAACGAGAGGAGUGUGGCCCACUAUGCCCUGAGCGACUCCCCAGCAGACCACGCAGGCUUCCUGCGCACUUGGGGGGGUGCAGGGACUCCACCCACCCCCAGUGGCACUGGCCGAAGGUGCUGGUUUGUCCUUAAAGGCAACCUGCUGUUCUCCUUUGAGAGUCGAGAGGGCCGGGCCCCACUGAGCCUAGUGGUGCUGGAGGGCUGCACAGUGGAGUUGGCCGAGGCUCCCAUGCCUGAAGAGUUUGCCUUUGCCAUCCGCUUCGACGCCCCUGGAGUGCGCCCACACCUGCUCGCGGCAGAUGGGCCAGCGGCCCAGGAGGCCUGGGUGAAGGCACUGUCCAGGGCAAGCUUUGGCUACAUGCGCCUGGUGGUGCGUGAGCUGGAGAGCCAGUUGCGUGAUGCCCGCCACAGCCUGGACCUGCAUCGCCACUCAUCUUGGAAGGCCAUUCCUAGCCGCUGUAAGCCCCAGGCUCCUGACCACUGGUCUCCUGGCCUGGAGAACGGUCACUCCCUCUCCAGAGAUUGCAGCCCUAUGGCCUUGGUGGAAGAAGGGGGCAGCAGGCCAGCAGGGCGGGGCUUGGCCGAGUGGGAGUUGCAGGGCCCUGCCAGCCUCCUUCUAGGCAGGGGGCAGAGCCCCGUGUCCCCUGAGACCUCCUGCUUCUCUACUCUACAUGACUGGUAUGGCCAGGAGAUUAUGGAGCUGAGGCGGUUGUGGCUGCAGAGUGCCCAGGGGAGCCAGCCAGAAUGUGAGGAACAGGAUAGGCCCUGAGCCUGGGCCCUUCGGGUUCAGCCCUUGUCCUGCUGGUCAGGACACCAGGGCCAGUGCUUUUUCAAGAGUUUAAUGUGUACUGGUUUCUGAAGUUGCUGUUGG